UUUCUGUGAUUUUGAUAGCCACACAAAGAGAGAGGAACAAAAUUUGGAUGCUAAAAGCUUUGGUUCUUCUCUAAUGGCGUCAAUGGCGUCGGACAACUCCGGCUCAAACUCUCGCCAUUUCUCCUGGUUCAUCAAAUCUUGCUUCCCUAACCCUAACGAUUCCUCCGCCACCGUCCCUCUCCACUCCAAAUCUUGCUUCGAAACUACUAAUAUCACGGCGAAUCACCUACCCCCACCCCCUGCCGCCGUCUCCUCCCUUCCCGACGACCUUCUUUUGGAGUGCCUUUCCAGAGUUCCGUCCGCAUCUCUUCCUUCCGUUUCUCUCGUUUGCCGUCAGUGGUCUCGACUUCUGCUUUCCUCUUCGUUUGUCGAUCUUCGCCGUCUUCGCGGUCAUUUGGAGGAUACUGUUUAUGCUGUUUCUGCAACUAAUUACGGCCUAUUUGCAGCGAGUUUCAACUUCCGAGACGGCGGAUUGUGGAAGGUUGCGCUGUUCAGAGCCAAGGAGAGUUUGUUCCUUAGUAAUUUCUAUGGAUUGCUCUCUCACGCGCGCCUCUCUGCCAUUGGACCUAGGAUUUACCUAAUUGGCCGAAAUGCGAUGUUCCUUUACGAUACCUGGUCUGGAAUGGUCACCGCCAGAUCUGCAAUGAAUUUCUCCAGGAAGAAAUUCGCCAAUGCGGUGAUUUCCGGUAGAAUCUACGUCGCUGGCGGUGCUGCGACCACGACGGCGGUGGAGAUGUAUGAUCCAGAGACGGACUCUUGGCAAGUCGUUGCUCAGUCAACGAGAAGACGCUACGGUUGUAUCGGAGCCGCUGUGGACGGUGUGUUCUACGUGAUUGGAGGAUUGAAGAUCGGGGGAGGAGUUUCAGGUAACCUAACAUCACGCGCCGCUGGUGGAUCGGAGGCUCAUAUCUACGCGAGCUCCAUGGAUAUGUACGAUGUGGAGGCGCGUACGUGGCUGAGAAGCCGCGCAGUACCAGGAGGAGGCUGCGUGGUGGCGGCGUGUGCGGCGGCGGGUCAUAUCUUCGUCCUCGCUAGCCACGCCGUCGAGCUCUCGUUCUGGAAAUUCGACGCAAAAAGAAAGUGCCCUAACAACUCCAAUAGACACACCACCACCCAAAGCUCAACCAAAACCACCGGAUUCGGCGAGUGGUACAGAAUAAAAAGUCCGCCGCUCCCGCCGCAGUUCCGGCUGGACAGCACAGUGAGAUUCAGCUGCGUCGGAGUGGGAGAGACGGUGGUGCUGAUUCAGGUCGCUGGCUGCAUCGACGAUUUACUUCGCCGAAGCGGAAGAAGCGCAAGAGGAUUAAAGGAAGGUUUGGUACUGAUCUACGAGACGAAGAGCGGAGAUUGGAGAAGAGGAGCGGAAAUGCCGGAAGUUAUGCAACGCGCUGCCUGCGUGUGCGUCGAGUGCUGAUGACGCGCCACCACCGCAAGACGGAAACGGUAAAGGUCCCAAAGUGACGCGUGGUCGUCACGAAAGCGAGUGAGAAAUCCAUACCCGAUUGGUUGAUUAGUCAAUUAAUUAAACAAACAUGAUCAAGUAAUUGAAGAUUUAUUUGCAUGGGGGGUUUGAAUCCUUUA